CUCACGACACAUGGAUGCUGCUGCUGCUGCUGCUACACUACACUCACCACACAAUACCUCUGGAUAUACUGGCCUGCCACUGCCCUUCACGCCGCCACCUCGGUCAUCCGUCUGUUCUUCACUGCGCCCUUCACAGAGCGCCCCCAUACAUAAUCCCACGAGCGUCGGCCGGCAUAGCUGCCGCCAGCACCCCGCCGUCAUCAUGGGGGUUUCCAUGAUAGAUAUCCAGCGAGACCUUAUUCUCAACACCAUCCGGAGCACCACACGCGGCGACUGGAAAGUCCUCAUCGUAGACGAAGAAAGCCGCAAGUUGAUAGACAAUGUGGUCAAAGAGGACGAUAUCCUGAAUGAAAACAUCACCAACAUUGAGCGCAUCGAGGAUCGCCGUCAGACCCAGCCCGACAUGGACGCUGUAUACUUCCUUACCCCCAAGCCGCAUAUCGUGGAUUGUAUCAUGGCCGAUUUUGAGCGCCGCAAAUACCGGGGAUCGUUUUUAAUAUGGACCACAUUGCCCUCUGGCCAGCUAAGAGAGCGCCUCGAACGCUCUCAGAUGGCUCAACAGCAAAUCCGCCUCUUCAAGGUCAUGCAUCUUGACUUCCACCCUCGCGAAUCUCACCUCAUCACCUUCCAAAACCCUUGGAGCUUCCCCACCUUAUUCCAUCCUGAGUGCAACAACCUUGUCCGUCAACAUAUGGAGGAAAUUGCUGAGAAGCUGACCGGUGUAUGCGUCGCCCUCGGCGAAUACCCUACUAUACGCUACUACCGCCCCCGUAACCCUACCCACGAUGCCUCGGUCUUAUGCUCUCAUCUCGCUCGCUUUGUACAAGAAAAGUUGGAUACAUACGCGCAAUACAAUCCCGACUUCCCUCCGCAAUCCAAUCGACCACGUGGUGCACUAUACAUUACAGAUCGAUCCAUGGAUCUAUUUGCUCCUUUGCUGCAUGAAUUCACAUAUCAAGCAAUGGUACAUGAUUUGCUACGGAUACAAGAAGGAGACAAGGUGACUUACAGGACGGUGGUCAACGAGGGAGAGCCCAAUGAGGAAGAGAAGGACAUGGAGAUUAGCGACAAGGAUAAGAUAUGGGUCGAAUAUCGUCACCGUCACAUGAAGGACACCAUUAACAGAUUGAUUACUGAUUUCCAAAAGUUCAUUGCCGAUAACCCACACUUCACCAGCCAGGACAGUAAAAACGCAGGUGGAAUUAACGGCUUGAAUGCAAUCAAGGACAUGAUGGCGGGGCUUCCCCAGUUUCAGAAUAUGAAAGAACUAUACUCCUUGAACAUAUCUAUGGCUCAAGAGUGUAUGAACAUUUUCCAGCAGCGGAAACUUCCAGACGUUGCCUCGGUUGAGCAGUGUUUAGCUACUGGUCUGGAUGAAGACUUCCGCAAAGCCAAAAACUUGGCUGACCAAGUUAUACGCACUUUGGAUGAAGAUGCCGUGGCGCCUUCAGAUCGUCUCCGCCUGAUUGCCCUUUACGUAUUAUACAGAGACGGAAUCCUGCCCGCUGAUCUUGAAAAGCUCCUUCUUCACGCCCAACUGCCAGUACAAGAUGGCAACGUGCUGAAGCAACUCGACAUGCUUGGUGCUCGAACAGACAGGGCUCUCAAAGAGAAACGCGAUCCACCACCACCUCUCUUCCCCAAGAACCCUGCCCCUCCCCCCGGCGAAGAAGAAUAUUCUCUUUCGAGAUUCGAACCUGUCCUCAAAGAUGUCUUGGAAGAACACAUUGCAGGAAGGCUACCACAAGAUAUCUUCCCUUCGACCAAAAUGCAACCCGAGGAGCAGGGUAUGCAGGAUCUUGCCCCUGCAGCAUCGCUCCGCUCCGCGAAACCCACAUGGGCCAAGUCACGCCUGGCCAGCGUUGAACCACGCCAACGGGUAAUUGUUUUUAUGGGUGGAGGCGCAACCUAUUCGGAAGCGCGCGUAUGCUACGAAGUUUCGGAGAAAACAUCACGGGACAUCUUCUUGGUCACAUCCCACAUGAUGAACCCAGGACUCUUUCUCCGUCAAGUCGGCGAUCUCGGUCAAAGCCGUCGCAACCUACGCCUCCCAGCCGAUCAACCCCCGCCAAAAGCUCCUGCCCACCUCUUCGAAAAACCGGCACCUCCGAAACCCGCUCCUCCACCCGCAGGCGCGAAGCCAAUGCCCAACAUCCCAGGCGGGCUUCCAUCACGGCCUGGCGGCCCUGGUGGUCCUGGCCGUGCCCCCGCUCCCCCAACAGCCGCUAUGGCCAAUAUGUCGAUGAACCAAUCGCGACCGCAAGCGCCGCCUUCCUCUUCUCAUUCCGGUGGGAAACUCACAAAGGACAAGGAAGAGAAGAAGAAGAAGAAGCACCACUUCUUUGGCUCUUCAAAAUCGUAAAUUCUGGAAGUCGUAUG